AUGAGCUGCAUGAAUUAUGCGCGUCGCUUAUCGAAAAACGAAAACAAAGGGCCGUUGGGCGAAAAGGAAUAUUUUGAAGAUUCUGAGGAAGAAAAAAGGAAAAUAAAAAAACUGAUUGAAAAGAUAAGAACCAGUGAGCACAUCGUCGUUCAUGCUGGUGCAGGCAUAUCCACCAGCUCAGGGCUACAGGAUUUUAGGGGCCCCACGGGAAUAUGGACAAACGAGUUCCUGAGCGAUGCGAGUCACAGGAGGAAGAGGCAAUUGGAGAAGCGGCGCAAGGGGAGGGAGGAAGGAAGCGAGGUGAAGGAGGAAGCGAAGCCACAGAAGGGGGAAACCCAUGACGUGAAAACCUAUGAAGUGAAAACCCAUGAUGUGAAAACCCAUGAUGUGAAGACCCCCCUCCCAAAUGAUUGCCAAAACGCGAAGGCGAAGAAGAUACGAAGAAGCUUACACGGAAAAUGCGAGCACUCGGAUGACCCCGGCCAGCAUAGCUCUGUCAACAGAACGGAGGAUUCGCCAUCCGAUUUUGUCAAAAGGGAGAGGCCUGAGCGUUUGUGCGAAGGCAACACAGUCGAAUUACACGCGGAGAAAGCGGAUGAUUGUCCAGAGGGCCACUCCAUGGACACAAAAAUAACGCAUGGACAGCAUCAAGGUUAUGCGGACUUUCAAGAAAAGGAACAGUUAAAUGGUCACAACGGGGGAGCACAUGUCGAAGCAGACAGAGGGUCGAUCGGUACCAAUGGGGAUAACUGUUCUGUGCAGGAAAAACAGAAAAGUGAAAAUUUCGACAUGCCCCCCGUGAGCAGCAGAUUGGGAAAGGAGGAACGAAGAAGCCAUGUGCGUGUAAAAAAGGAAAACGGAACUGAGGGGGAGGCAUCUAACGGAGAUGCACCUGAGGGGGACGCAGCCGAGGGAGGGGCACCUAACGGAGAUGCCGCUUUGACAACGCAGAGCCCCCGCCCAAACGAACACUACGUCAUUUUUGGAAAUAGAAAAAAAAAAGUCAUCGACCUGCACCUAGCGCUGCCAACCAAAACGCACAUCAUGAUAAAGGAGCUGAUGAACAGGAACAUCAUAAAAUUUCUAAUCACGCAAAAUAUAGAUUCACUACACUAUAGGUGCGGCACGAAAUUUUCGAAAAUUUCAGAAAUACAUGGGAAUAUAUUCAUCGAAAGAUGCGAUUUUUGUGGUAGGAGAUAUUUGAGAGAUUUCGUUAUAUCUACGAUUAGCUUUCAACCCACGGGGGCACUAUGCUUUUUAUGUUCCUUCCCCCCGAUAGGUGUAUGUACAGAUGUUUUAUUAGACUGGAAUAAUGCGUACGAAGAUUUCUUUCACUUAAACUCCAUCAGACAUUCUCAGAUGGCUGAUUUUCACUUCUGCCUGGGGUCCAGCUUUUACAUUGUCCCAGCUAGCUAUUAUCCAUCCAAAAAAAAAUUUGCAAAUGAAAAGUCCUUCAGCUGUUUGAUUAAUUAUCAAAAGUCUUCCCUUUCGAAAGAAGUCGAUUUAAGUUUGCAUUCCAAUGUGAACAACAUUUCAGACGUCAUCAUAAAAGAAUUUUCCCUCGAACCGCUCUGCGUUAGAAGCGCAUUGAUUGUCGUGGUCAGGUGCCAAGUAAUUCACUUUGAUUUAACUUUCGACAAAUUGAUUACCGUAAGUAACGUCAUCCAAGAUGACCACUGUGUUGAUCUACCCAAGGGAGAAAAUUCCAGCGACUUGUCUUUCCGAAUUGUCAAAAAGGAUGAGCAUGAUUCCGGGGAGGAGUACCCCGGGGGGCAAACGCACCUCAGUAAGGGGGAAAAUUGCUUAACUCAUGAUGGGGUGAAGCAGUUAAAGGAGGGUAAAAAUCCGUCCGCACAUUUGCACACACAUUUGCACACACAUUUGCACACACAUCUGAAUCAUUCCGAUGGUGACUCGCAAAACACGCAUAGUGACAGGAGCCAAUUUAAGGAACAACUCUUUCUAAUCAAAUGCUCGAUGAUUAAAAACGUGAGCACCAACGAACCAGUUGGCGAGACACACAAAUUGGCAGUAACCUUGAUAGAUAAGACCACCGGCAUUUGGCUAGUAAGCACAAAUUUUUCCUGCCUAUUAGAAAUCGAAUUAUGGUACAACUCCUUCGUUUUGCUAAAAUUAAAUUAUGAUGAAAACUGCCCCUUCGUGGAGCUAAAUGCAUGGAGUGUGAACGUGGCUUACACGUAUGGUGACGACAUUGAUGAUGUGGACUACGUCAACAGGGGUGCUCCAAACUGUAGAAAUUUCGAUUUGCACAAAAAUAAGUACGUGGAUGGCCCCACUCCGCAGAUUUGCACCUCCCAAAAUGGUGUUCACGUGAAGGACAAAGUGAGUGGCGAGCCUAACCAGAGGGAGGUCAACCUUUCAAACGAUCACAAGGACCGUAGCGAACGUGAUAACGCACUGCAUCCGUUACCCAUUUCGGAAAUAUUGCCCGAACAUGUAUACGUGGGUUACAAUCCAAACAAUGUCAAACCGCAGUCUGCAGUUGAGCAGCUAGCCAUUUUGACCAACGCGAGCAACCUCUCCAAGAAUAGCAACUACGCGUUUUUUGAACUUCCCAACGCGCUCAAACUGCUAUACAAUUUGUUCUGCCUCGUAAACAAGUCGGAAAGGGCAGGCGAAACAGAAAAAGAAAGGCAAAAUGAAGAAGUAAAAAGGGGGAAAGAACCCAGUGGAGACACAAUAGAAACGUUCGUGAAAAACCUCCACUCGCCAAAAAAUGUCAAUUUAUACACGACCGAUUUUAUUAACUCCUUUACGCAGAAGGAGAACAUGGCGUACCAGAGCCACUACACCUUCAGGGAAAGGAAAAAAAGAAACUUGAGCGACUUCAAUUUGUGCUCCUCCUCUGAUGAAAACAAGGAAAAAAAAAUGUUCGUUUUUUAUAACCUCUACAUGAACGAAAGCAGUGAUGUGUAUAAUGUCUCAAUUGGGAGGGACCUAAUCCGGAAACACUCUUUUGGUUGUUCGCUACUUAGUAGUUACUCCCCAAAGAGUGCCUCAAAAGGGAAUCAUUACAUUUCCCCGGCAAGGAAAGAAACGCAAGAAGCGAACAAAUCGAAUGACAGCAGUUAUGUAAGAAGCACCAGCAAAAUUGAAAGUGACCCAUUACACGAAAUGCACCACUUAAAAAUGGCAACCCCACAGGAUGGGGAAAAUUGUGAUGAAUGCGAAAACGUGGAGGAGGACAGCUAUAGCAAAGACAGAGCCUCACUCAGUCAAGGGAGUGAACCCAUCCUGAGCAACAGCCCGAAAGCACAGUUCGAAAUGCCUCAGACGGAAAAGGCUACGAAGAAUUAUAACACUGCCGAGAAGGAACAAUUAAGUAACGACUCCAAUACAAAUGGUUUUAAAGAGGACCCCAAAUCGGAUGAAGCCAGCGCUAGUCACCUACAGGAGGGGGAAAAUCACGCAAGCGCCACAAAAAAAAAGUCAGAUGAUUUUAACAACCAUUCUUCGGAACUUUUAUUCUGCCCAAUUAUGCUCAUAAAUAGCAAACACCAACUUGGCGAAUUGGUGUCCAAAAUACCCAAGUAUAUUAAACCCCAGAGGAGGUACACUCCUUAUAAGAAGCUCAGUAGGGAUAAAAAGAACUCCAAUACUCUUCAGAAAUGUAGAAGUGAAAUUUGGAAGGGGAAAUACAACGAGAUGGUUUGCCAUAUGGAGCAAGAGCACGCUAUCGAUUUUGUUCUCUUCCGGGAGCUCUGCUACUUCCCCCUGUGGCUUUUGAAUUAUGUAAACGACUUGUUUGAGUGCCUUUGA